CUUUUGCGCAAAAUAGCAACUCGGUUAUAGUACUGUAUUGAAAUUGUAAGAUUGUUUGCCUGAAUUUUUUUUGAUCAUACCUUACCUCUUUUUGGUUACACGAAAAGUUAGCUAAGCAUCUGAGAUAUUCUACCAUGGCGCCUUCCAAGCGGAAUAACGGCGACACGAUCGAAGCUUUGAAAGAUAUCAUCAAAGAAUCUUUGCAAAAUCCCGAGAGAAAGCAAGAAUUCGUUGAUGAAGGAUCUGUAGAGCUUAUUAUUGGUUUGUGUGACAAAAGAACCAUUCCUUGGAGCCUUGGUGCAUACUGUGCAGCUGCCCUCAGAGUUCUCGCUUAUGGAAACCCAAAAGUGAAGGCUAAGAUCGUGGGACGUGGAGGAAUUCCUCCAAUGUUGAAGCUUUGUGAUCCUGAACUGUCACCUGAAGAUACAGACACUGCAGAAGAUGCAUGCUGGAGAUUUCUUGCUCAUGAGCAGGCUGUUGCAGUGCUUCGUCUUGUCACCUUUCAGAGUAAAACAUGUCAAACAGAGGUAGUCAGUGCUGGUGCAAUCAAACUUCUUGUCAGAAUGUGUGAUAUAUUCAACCCUGAGGGUUUCCAUGGCAACUGUUGUCAGCCCCCUUAUUGGUCUUCCAGUGACGCAGUGCAACUACUUCAUGACUUAACAUACAGAAAGAAACUAGUUGGCCAAUUGAAAGAACUGAACCAGGACAAUAUCAGAGAAAAGGCUGUAAAGUUAAUCAAAACUGGUCUAGUGAGUGGUGUGAUACAAGUCAACAGGAUGUACAGCAUUGAUUUAUAUGAUACCACAAUGGACUAUCAGGAUGUAAGAAUUACUGACGAGUUGAUAAAGAGCCAGUUAAUGUGGCCAAGAAUGUCACUCGACGAAACUAAAAGUUCAGAGGAUAAAGGAAAAUAUGUCAAUGCUAAGGUGAUUGAUGCAUGUCACUUUUGGGCUCAUGUUGGAGGUAAACCAGUGAUUGAAAAGAUGGAAGCAGUUAAUAGAAAGCUGUUAGCACAGGAACAAAUUCCUCUAGAUGCCAUUCCAGAACCUGGAACAUAUGUCUGUGUCACUGAAAUUGUUGCAGGUCACUGGAACUCCUACAGAGCUCAAGUCCUAUUGGCAGAUGAUAGCACUGAUAGCAGUGCUACUGUGCAAGUCUUUGCCAUCGACAAUGGUUUCACUGGGACUGUUUCUGCUAACUGCUUGUAUGUUUUACCAGAAGAACUACUUCAGAUUCCUCCCCAGGCAACCUUAUGCUGCUUGUCUGGAAUUCAACUACCACCAAAAAGUGCUGAAGUAUUGGAACAUGCUGCUGGCACCCUUAGAAAUUUAACUGAAGAUGAUAACUCAAAUCGUCUUUAUAUCGCUGCUCAAGAAGGACUAGAAUACCUUAUCAAGCUGUGUACUGUCCCAAACAGAGAUGUUUGUAUCCAGGCUGUAGGGGCUCUCCUGAAUCUUGCCAUCAACAGUAAGGUGCAGGUCAGAAUUGGAUUUCUGGGAGGCAUUCAAGCUCUCCUUGAUGUUUGCCAGAGGUUUUUACAAGAUGAAGAGAUUCUCCUGCUGGCUGUUGGAGCCAUUCAAAACCUGGUUCGAGAUUCUUAUGUGAACCGCUGUCGCCUGGCCGAUAGUGAUGGCUUGAUUGUACUGAGUCGCAUUUAUCGUGCCUCAGAAAGUGAAGCAAUAAAGACCAAAUGCCUUCAUGCUCUCAGGAACUUAGUAGGCAAAUAUAUAACAAGUCUUGAGGACUGUGAUUUGAAGGUUACGAAAACGUUUCGAGACCUUGAUCCCCGCAGUAUAGUUGACGAUAUCAACAGUGUCAAUACGAGAAAAAAGUUUUCUUUGGCUGUAUCAGAUGAUGGAGGAUCGCGUCAUAGACGACCUCGACGAAGGCGACGGAGGUUGCGUCGCGGCGAGGUGGAAUCUAAACCUACCCCAGUGGCGCUUUCUCCAGACAACAUUAGACGCAGUUCAAGCGGAGAAUCAAAAGGAGUCUCAGAUUAUGACAUCAGUAACAGCUUUGAAGAUACAGAUGGUGACACAGACGGAGAAAAACUGGUGACCAGCCAGCAAGUUACAUCCUCCAGCGAUAAUACAGAUGUUGACAAAGAAAAGUAUUACAUUCAAGGCUAUCAUGUAUCGUUUAGUGAAGAUGACCUGCAUGAUAUCAGGCCUCAGACCAACGUGAAUAAUGUCUCCAUAAAGCCAGUUACAAGAUCCCUAUGUGCGUUUUUGAACAGUGGCAAGUGUGGAACAGUUUACCUUGGAAUUCACAAAGAUGGGAUUGUGGCUGGUUUGAAAAUUAAUAAAAAACAGCGUGAUCAGUUGCGUCUUAGUGUCGAUGAUAUUAUGGAUCGCUUUCACCCGUCAGUCAAACAUCACAGCUAUCAAGUGGACUUUGUACCCGUAGUGAGACAGCGAGGCAGUGAAAAGCUCAGUUCAAGGGUACAAGCUGAAGAUCGUUUUGUGGUGGAGAUCAAGAUUGUGAAUUGCCCCGGUUUGACUUAUACGACUCCCAACGGAAAGUGUUUCUUUCGUCAGAAGAAUAGGAACGAAGAGUACACAACACAAGAGGUCAGGGAGAGAACUAUCAAGGAACAGGAGGAUCUGUAUAACAGUGAAAUGCAGAGGUAAGUCCGAUUUUGAUUUUGUGUGUCUUUUCUUUGCGUCAUAUUGCGCAGCGUAGAAAGAAACCGAUGGAAUAUUCGGCUGAAAUUACGAUGUCGUGGAUUUCUUUUCCUCUAUUCAGAUCAUUUGGUUUUAUCAACUGAGCUGAUAAUUUAAAUUGGUCAUCGAUCAAAGUUUUUAAAACUGACGUUUCCAUCGCCAAAUAGUAUGCGAGCGAAU